AUGAAGCUGGCNGGAGGAGGAGGAACAAGCGGCGGUGGUGGCAGCAGUGGUGGUGGCAAAGGGGUCAAUGUUAUGGGUCUUCUCGGAGGUCUCGUGAACAUCAUCAGUGAAGCCGCAGCCCAGUACAAACCAGAGCCCCCGCCAGCUCCUCGCAGCCAUUUUGCCAACGUGGAAGCCAACGAAAGCGAGGAACUUCGCCAGUUCCGACGGCUCUUCGCCCAACUGGCGGGCGAGGACAUGGAAGUCUCCGCCACCGAGCUGAUGAACAUCCUCAACAAGGUGAUAUCCCGCCAUCAGGACCUGCAAUCUGAAAGCUUCAGCCUGGACACUUGCCGAAGCAUGGUGGCCGUCAUGGACAGCGAUGCCACCGGCAAGCUGGACUUCUACCAGUUCAGGUAUCUCUGGAACAACAUCAAGAAGUGGCAGUGCUCCUUCAAAGAGUACGCCGGCCCGGCAGGGAGAAUCGAGAUGAGGAACCUGCCCGACGCUUUCAAGGCCGCCGGGUUUAACCUCCAUGAGCAGCUCUACGCCCUGAUGAUACGCCGCUACGCCGACGAAGACGGCAGCAUGGAUUUCAACAACUUCAUCAGCUGCUUGGUCCGCCUGGAUGGAAUGUUCCGGGCCUUCAAAUCCCUGGACCGAAGUGGGGAUGGGAAAGUCCAGAUGAACAUCGAAGAGUGGUUGCAGCUGACCAUGUACUCUUAAAACAAGCAAAGGGGCGGGAAGACGAAGCAGUGGUUUGCUCCACCUUGGACUGUACCAUGUAUGGGGGGGUUUGAGGGAGGUGGGCUGGAUGGAAAAUGGCUCCUGCCAAGCAAUUAAACCUUCCUGCUUACAGUGAGUGGCUUUUUGGCUGAUAGAACCUCUGGGUUUAUUGAGAUUAGCCAAUGCAUAUAUAUAUUUUUAAAGAACAUUUGCUUAUUGCUUAUGUUUUGGGUGGUUGUUUGUGGCUGUGCCUGAAUACUGCAAUAAUAUUAAGGUUGCAAGCUCAUGUUAGCCAUGUUGGAAGUGCGUGGGAACCUGUGGGUUAUUUCAGGGGCAACUAGGAGGAAAACCCACUCUUUCGUUGCAAAAUAAAAGAUACCUUACGGGUCUCCUUACGUUAGUCCCUACGUUGUGCAAAACGGAGCAACUGUUGUUAUCGUUACUCCAAAUUCUUCCCCUCCCUGCUUUAGGAAAGAGUGUUUUGAUCUCCUUUCCUUAUUUCCUUUCCAAUAGUGUUCUUAUCUUCUCCUCCUAAAUUGAUAUUCAGGGAUUUUGAGUCCCGCCGGGAAUAGGGCGGCAUAUAAAUAAAAUAAAUAAAUGAACCUUGAUUUUUAAGCCUUGGAUAAUCCCUGGUCUGGGUUAAGGUAGUCCUCCUUGUGCUUCUCAAAAGCCUGAGACUGACUUUUAAUUUGCAGAUGUGUGUAUAGUUGAAGAUCAGCAUGGUCCUCUGAUCAUGGAUCCUAAAUUCCUUUUCGAAGGAAUAAGAUUAUGCUCUCCCAACCCAUUGCCCUUUAGGUUCCGUAUAUCUAUGUGUCCAUCGUAGUCCAUAAUGGUCACUUGGGGGUGAUGGACAGAGUCCUCUGGGAGAGUUGGAAAACAACUCAUAGUGUAAACCUAGUGCAACGUAGAGCUUCUGGAUUAGGAUGUUCUGUGUUUCUUUGCCGAGUGCUGAUUCGUCGAAGGAAGGAAUCGUGGCAAAAAUAGAUCCUUUCUGACUUGUCCGUUGUAAAUCUCACUCAGUUGUAAAGGAGAGAAAAUAAACUUGGAUUAUGACAAAAAGAGAA